UGAGACUCGGAACAACCAGGCUCUUCCAUUUCAAUUUCCAGGAGAGAGAGAGAGAGAGAGUUGCAGAAAUGUGCGGAACAGAGAACAAGACCCCGGCGAGCGGACUCCCCGCCGUCUCCGGCGAGACCUGGCCGACCACUCCGUCGCCGGACGCCGUCCUCAACCUCGACGUGGGCGAUCCGACAAUGUACGAGGCAUACUGGAAAGGCGCGGGAGACAGGUGCUCCCUGGUGAUUUCGGGUAGCGAACUGAUGAGCUACAUCAGCAACCCCGGGAGCACGUGCUGGUUCCUGGAGCCGGAGCUCGACAAGUCCAUCCGGAGGAUCCACGACCUCGUCGGGAACGCUGUAGCCGAGGAUGGCCGCCACAUCGUGGUCGGCACCGGCUCCACGCAGCUCCUCCAGGCUGCCCUCUACGCCCUCUGCCCGCCGGGCCUGCCCAAGCCCACCAGCGUGGUGUGCGCCGCGCCCUACUACUCGUGUUAUCAAGAAGUCACAGAGCUCCUUCAAUCCAAUCUCUACAAAUGGGAGGGCGACGCGCACAACUUCGACAAGGACGGGCCAUUCGUCGAGAUUGUCACCUCGCCGAACAACCCUGAUGGCUUGGUCCGCGAGGCCGUGGUGAACUGCCCCAACGGGAAGCUCGUGCAUGACCUGGCCUAUUAUUGGCCGCACUACACACCGAUCACUCGUCAAGCUGACUAUGACAUCAUGCUGUUCACCUUCUCAAAGUGCAGCGGUCAUGCCGGUUCUCGAAUUGGUUGGGCUAUUGUCAAGGACAAAGAAGUUGCUGUGAAGAUGACCAAGUUCAUGGAAGUGACCACAAUCGGCGUGUCCAAGGAAUCCCAACUUCGAGCAGCCAAGAUACUAGGGACAAUCUGCGAUGACUGCCAGGCAUUCAACGCCAACACCAAGUCAGAGAGCUUCUUUGAUCACGCAAAGCGCCUCAUGACCGAGAGGUGGGACAAGCUGCAUGAAGUCAUCAAGCGCAGUGAGAUCUUCAGCCUUGCCAAGUUCCCCAGAGAUUACUGCCUCUUCUCUGCCGAGUUCUUCGAGACUCAUCCAGCAUUUGCAUGGCUGAAAUGCAACAACAAAGUGAAGGACUCCGAGGGCUUGCUGAGAGGUCACAAGAUAUUGACAAGGAGCGGGAAUCGCUUUGGGGCAGAUCGAACUUAUGUCAGGGUUAGCAUGCUGAGUGGGGAAGAAGUGUUCAACCUCUUCUUGGAGAGGCUAUCCACCAUCAAGAUUGGAAUCGGCAACGGGAAUGAUACAUCACAUAUAAAUUAGAUCAAUAGUCGGCAUUGUCAUUAAAUAACUGAUGGGAAUAGGUGAUAAAAUCGAGUCGAUGUAGAUGGAAAAUGUCAUUGCAGCCUCUAGUUUCUGAGCAUGUAACCCCGAGGGUGAUAGUUUGACUGGCCUCUUCUAUCAUCCAUCUGGUGGUUUAGGCUAAUACCGUACCUUCUAAUCUAUAUAAGCUGCCUUUGAAAAUUUCAAUUUGCUCAUCUA